AUGGGUUACCACGAUAAGUUAGUUGGGCCAGCAAUAAGGUUUAAUAAAUAUUUGGAUAAGUUUCCAAAAGUAUACAAUGCCAUUUUCAUUGGCAUUGUAUCCUGUAUAUCAGGUAUGAUGUUUGGUUUUGACAUUGCUUCGAUGUCUUGCUUCAUAGGAACAGAUCAGUAUAUGCAUUUCUUCCACUCGCCAGAUUCUGAUUUACAAGGAAUUAUUACUUCUUCUAUGGCGCUAGGAUCGUUCUUUGGGUGUUUCGCAUCUGGGGUAGUUUCUGAGCCAUUUGGAAGACGUGCAGCUUUAUUUGCAUGCUCUUUUUUUUGGAUGGUUGGGGCGGCUAUUCAGUCAUCAUCUCAGAAUGUGGCACAGUUGAUUUGCGGUCGUUUAAUUUCUGGUUUUGGUAUUGGAUUCGGCUCAUCAGUUGCACCAGUUUACGGUUCUGAAUUAGCACCUCGUAAAAUUAGAGGUCUUAUCGGUUGUUUAUUCCAAUUCUCAGUUACUGUAGGGAUUAUGGUAAUGUUUUAUAUUUGCUAUGGCUGUUCACAGAUUGAUGGAACCGCUUCUUUCCGUCUCGCAUGGGCGAUACAAAUUAUUCCUGGUUUAUUAUUAUUUUUCGGUUUAUUUUUCCUUCCAGAAUCUCCAAGAUGGUGGGCUAAACAAGGCAACUGGGAAGCUUGCGAAUUUAUUGUUGCAAAUAUUCACGCAAGAGGAAAUAAAGAAGACCCAGAUGUGCUAGUUGAAAUCUCCGAAAUAAAGGAGCAAAUAAUGUUGGACGAGAAUGUUAAUCGUUUCAGAUAUAUCGACCUUUUUAGAAAAAAAUACAUCAAUCGUACAAUCACAGCUGUUUUCGCCCAGAUUUGGCAACAACUAACAGGUAUGAAUACUUUGAUGUAUUACAUCGUGUAUGUAUUUGAUAUGGCUGGCUACUCUGGCAACACUAAUUUGAUAGCCAGUUCAAUUCAGUAUGUCCUUAACGUGGUAAUGACGCUUCCCGCCUUCUAUUUAGUUGACAAAUUUGGGAGAAGGCCUGUUUUAUUGGUAGGGGCUGUAUUUAUGUUCAUUUUUCAAUGUUGUAUUGGAGGACUUUUAGCCACAUACUCUAUACCACAUGUUUUUGAGGGAAAUCCUACUGUGAGGAUACAAAUUCCAAAAGAGAACGUAGCUGCAGCCAGAGGGGUUAUAGCCUGCUGCUAUUUAUUUGUUUGUUCCUUCGCCCCUACUUGGGGGGUUGCUAUUUGGGUAUAUUGUGCUGAAGUUUGGGGUGAUAGUGCUUCUAGACAGAGAGGAGCUGCAGUCUCCACAGCAGCUGACUGGGCACUUAAUUUUGCUAUUGGUAUGUUUACGCCAUCAGCAUUCAAAAAUAUUACUUGGAAGACUUAUUUUGUGUUUGCAGCGUUCUGUGGUUGUAUGUUCAUUCAUGUUCUCUUCUUUUUCCCAGAAACCAGAGGUAAGAGAUUGGAAGAAAUUGGACAGGUUUGGGAUGAGCAUGUACCUGCUUGGAAAACCGCAUCGUGGCAACCACGUAUCCCGUUGGUUUCUGAAAUUGAAGUUGCUGAAAAGAAUAUUAUCGAAGAACGUGAACCUUCUGGUUCGCAUUCUGAUCUAUCGGAGGGAAAAGAUAACACAAUUAUUGCCCAAAACCUGGUUUAA